UUAUAUUUUCCCAUAAACAUAACACACACGGAGCAAACAAUUGCUCCGACUCUGUGUGAUAUUUCGGACGAAAAUUAUUCUUCCAAAACCCUAAAAACCUAAUUUUUAUUAGUGUGUGAAGCUGCAUUUUUUUAUAGUGAUCAUAUAGAUUUUAGUGUUAGUAUUUAUGGGGAUUCGCUGAGUUGUCAGGAGGAAGAUUUUCUUUGUGUCUCUAAAAAAGGGACUGUCAUAAAGCUUUAUCACCCUGAUUGUGUUGGAAAGGUUCCUCAAUUUGAGAAACUGUGGAGCCCUGGAUUUGUAACUCGCAUUGCUGCUUCAAUUGUGGUGGAGGUCCAGAAUUUCAUUCUGUUGGCUGUCGGAAAAGCUGUAAGCAAAUGUUGUGUUAAGCGUGCGGAGUUUGUGAAGUUCAAAGAGAAACAAAGCUUCUGUGGUCAAUGCUUAAAGCUUCUUCUAUUAAUAAAAAUGUUGAUUUGACUCUGAUGGGGUAUCAUUAAUUAUUAUCUUGCCCUGCAAGAUAAAUUUGAAGGACAGGGAAACAUAGGAGGGACUGUUUAAGGAAUACUUGGAUCUAAUAAAGGACGUGGAAGGCGUUACUUUACAAAAUCUCUAUUUCACAGAUAGGAGCAAGUUGGCAAUCAAAAAGUUGGCUACAAUGGCAAUAAAAAAGAGCGCUAUGAAAAACGUUUGAUUCAGAUAAACUUUUUGAAGUGGAUGAACAUUUAGUAUCCGGAUUUGAAGAUAAUAUGGGGGAUCUACCAUCACCUUCAAUGGAUCUAUCCAAUGGGGUUCCACAUCCUGCGCUGACGUCUAUGAAAAGAACAAUAAGAAAUAAUAGGGAGUUUAUUGGGUGGGGGUCAGCAUCUCUCAUAGAAUUUCUUAUAUCCAUUGGCAAGGAUCCAAGCCAGGCUCGUGAUGCAUUUGAUUUGAACAUCAUCAUCAGCGAAUAUAUAACCAGAAACAAUCUCAUUGGUCGAGAAAAAAAGAAGAGGGUUGCAUGUGAUGAAAGACUUUAUUCUCUUUUAGGGAAGAGGAUAGUGCACAAGAAUAAAAUUCAUGACUUGUUGGAACCUCAUUUACUUGCUUCGCAAGAUUCGUCAUCAGAGGAUGAGCUGAGCGGUAACUCGGAAGAGAGCGAAGGUGCUUCAAAUUCUCGCAAAAGAAAAAGAAGGAGGGGCUUGGACAAGACAAAUGGGACAAUGGGAAUUAAGGUGGCUCCACGUAGCUGUUUUGCUUCUAUAGUAACUCAAAACAUCAAGUUGGUUUACUUGAAAAGGAGCUUAGUUCAGAAGCUGUCAGAGAAUCUUGAUACCUUUAAUGACAAAGUAGUUGGAAGCUUUGUGAGGGUCAAAAGUGACCCUAAUGACUACCUUCAGAAAAAUUCGCACCAGCUUCUGCAAGUUACCGGGAUACAGAAGGAUUCGGGGGCGGGUGACAGCUGUACAGGAAUUAUAUUGCAACUCUCAAAUAUGAGUGACGGUGUCCAGAUACACAUGCUAUCAGAUGAUGAUUUUACUGAGGAAGAGUGCGAGGACCUACGUCAGCGUGUGAAAGAUGGUCAGAUGAAGAGGCUCUUUACUUGCGAUGUUGAAGGGAAGGCCAGAGUUCUGCACCAGGAUAUCACAUGUCAUUGGAUCGAAAGAGAGCUUGCCCUGUUACAAAAUCUGAUUGACCGAGCAAGUGAGAAGGGAUGGCAAAGAGAGCGUUUUGAGUACCUUGAGAGGAGGGCGUUACUUGAGUCAUCAUCUGAAAAGGAGAAAUUGAUACAAGAAGUUCCACUAGUAAUUGCUGACGAAUUCGAGGCUGAGCCUGCUGAGUUGCCUCGAGAUGAAAACUCUAAAACUGAAUAUUCACCUAGAUCAAUCGCUUCUAGGGAUUCAAGAUCUCCUGAAGACGAGACCAGAAAAGAAACCUCAUCUAGUCCCAAAGAUGGUGAAAGUUUGCAUGCAGGUCCCAAUUGCAAAAGCAACGGUGUUGCUUAUGCAGUUGCUCAAUCAGAUCUAAUUAUGAAUGAAGUUCCAAAUGGGGGAAAUGUUGCUGCCGGAGUGGUUGAUAAUUUACAAGGUCGAGAUGGCAUAAGUAGCGGCGCGGCCUAUGCAGUUGCUAAACUAAACACGAGGAGUAGAUAUAGAAACCGGGAAAUUGUUAAUGGCAGAUCCUCUGAGGAAGUAGAAGCUGCAGCAUAUGUUUCUGAUGAGGAAAUCUUUGUUGUUAAGGAAGAGAAAAGUCAACUUCAUUCCAGUGGCAAUGUGAAACAACAAGCUUCAAUAGAGGAUGACAAGCAGUGUAACAAUGAAACAAACAACAAAGAUCAGGAUAAGAAAAGAAAUAUUGUGGUGAUUGAUUUAGAUGAUGACGACGACGACGGCGAUGCUUGUGGAAACCUAAUACUUGAUAACCCUGAAAGUUCGAUAUGGUAUUAUAUAGAUCAAGCUGAUAAAGUUCAAGGACCGUUCUCAAUGAGUUUGCUCAAAGGGUGGAAAAGCAGGGGUUGGUUUGGAUCUGAUUUUAGGGUCUGGAAAACAGGCCAGACAAAAGAAGCAUCAAUCCUUCUUACUGAUGCAAUAUCUCAAGUAUUCCCUAUUAGAGGACGACCAAUCUAUUGCAGGGAAAAAAAAAUUGAACAGUGAAAUUCCUUUCAUAAUGUCGCGAAAAAACAUCUUGAAUCCUUUUCCUGUUAAAACCCUACUCAUCAUAAAAGGUUCGGUUAUCUUUUCAGAAGUAUUUCUCUCUAUUUAUUUUAGGAAUUUUGGCUUUUUGGGGCUUAACUUUUUACAGGAAUUGGAUCCUGUUUGUACAGAAACUCGGGCUUUUACAGAAUAGAAUAUUUUACUACUACUGCAGCCUGCAGCAGGAGUUGUGCUUUGAUCAGAUAUGAAAACAAUCAAAUUUGUUCUAUUAAGAAAAACAGUUGAAUUUCGUAUUAAAUUUACAUUCCGGACCUAGCUAGGGUUUAAACUUUGAUUACUACAAAUCAGGACGGUAGUUACUGGGGAUGUUUUUGCUUUCUGCCGCCAUCAUUGCCUGGUUUAGAUGCAUCUUAAGCACGUAGUUAUUCUUCUCGAGCUGGUUCCACUUCUGCUCCUGCUGAGCCACAAGUUGUCUCAGUUUCUCCAACUCUUUGUUCACGCCACUGUGUUGUUCAAGUAAUGUAAGCACGACCCUCUUCAAGAUAAUAUUUGUACCAGUCGCUUUCUCCAAGUCAUAUUUCAAUUUCAGAUUCUCUUUCUCAAGAAUCUUUACUGCCUCUCUCCCAUUCAUGUUUUUUUCAAGAACCUCCAGCAACCUGGAGGUACGUUCUUUAGCUUCAUUCAUGCAAGAAGCGGUCGUAAUCUCAAGCACAAAUAAUUCAACCCAUUCUGAGCCGGUUCUUGGGACGCAGUCUUGAUCUUGAUGAUGAGGAGGGUGCAUAGAAUCUUGAGAAGAUGAAAUAGCUACUUGUUGAGAUGAUGAUGAUGGUAGAUGGUGAACAUCGGAUUGAUAUGAUCCGAUGUCUAGUUGUGUUAUCCUGUUGAUUAACGUAUCCAAAUCAUUACCACAUUCCUGAAAAGCUCUGUCAACAAACUCUCUUUCCAUUAUCAACGAAGACGUGAUGAUCAAGUGCAGCAAAAUUUAUCUGAAGGUUUGAUGAGAAACAGGGUUCGUGGUAGAAUUGGAAUGUAUGUAGAGUAGAGAGAAAAAAGAAGUAGAAUUUGAUACAGCAUGGAAACAGACAGUGUGUAUUUACAGUGUUGCAUCUUUUCCUUUUCUCGAUA